CUGUAAGAUCAAGAUCAAGUGACGAGGAGUGAAGUUACUACGCUCGAGGCUAGGGCUGCUGCUAUCCAGACUUUACUUGAAGCUUGAUACCAACAGAAUGGUGGUGGUGGUGGUGUCUCACAUCUCGGGACAGCGCAGGACAUGGUGCUUAAGUGACCGGCCUUAUACCGGUGGGGAGGUGCUGGACGCCCUGAGGCAGAGGGAGGGCCAUGCAUCUAAUGUUGUACUACAGUGCCAGGGUCGGGUGCUCUUUCCCUCAACACAGAUUGAUGGUAGUGCAGUGGUCGUGGCCACCCUUAGGCUCCCAGGAGGAAAGGGUGGCUUUGGGUCCAUGCUGAGGGCCAUAGGUGCCCAGAUUGAAAAGACAACAAAUCGGGAGGCUUGCCGAGACCUUAGUGGGCGCCGAUUGAGAGACAUUAAUGAAGAGAAAAGACUGAAGGAUUUCAUUGCCAAGAAAGCUGAUCGGGAAAGGGAGCUACAGGAGAAGAAACGGCAAAAAUUUAAGAUGCUGCAAGAAUCACCAAGACACACCUUCCAGGAUGAGGCAUACUUCCAGCAGCGGGAGCUUCGUGAAAAGAACUUGUAUGAUUCUCUUGACAAAGCUUUCACUUCCAAAGAUGGCAGUGGUCCAUCAAGCACUAAGAGAAGCAUUGAAGAAGAACCUGUAACCAAAACCAAGAAGGGGAAGUUCUUAGACAGUGAUCUAGAAGACUCCAGCAGUGAAGAAGAGAACAGCAGCGAUGAAGCAGAAGCCAGGUUGCAAGAACCCACAGACAACAGCACCAUUGACAGUAAUAGUAACAGCAGCAGUGGGAGCAACAUCAUUCAGAAAGCAGCUCCUGUUAAGGUUAAGGACAAUGAUUCAUCAAGUACCAACAAAGGCACAAAGGAGGGACCUAUGACUAGAAUCAAGAAAGGAAGGUUUAUGGAUGACCUUGAUGAAUCCAGUAGUGAAGAUGAGGAAGAGAAUAAUGAAGCAGAAGGCAAGCCACAAGAAAGUAGUGACAACAGCAGCCCAAGCAAGAGUAAUUCAGUUGAUAAGUAGCAAUGGGAACAACAGCAACCCAUAGGUAUCACGGUACUCAUGAAUAAUAAGCCUCACUUGAAGCAGGCAAAUCUACAGCCUACAAUAAAUAUAUCUAGCAAAAUAUUCACUACUACAGAUUGCAGGAUGAAAAUCAAGCCAUGGAAUAUGUGGACUAUAUGUUUAAAAAAAUAUUACCCAGGUCUCCAUUCAGACAACUAUAUGUCUGACAGGUCGCUAGGAAGUCAUUAUUUUCUGCUAAAUUAUCAUGAUAUAAUGCCAUCACAUAUAACUUCUUGCAAUAUACAAAAAAUACAAACAAGAAUCAACUUCAGGCACAUAGUGUCUGUAAAGUGUCUCUAAAUGAGUACUGAUACGCAGACAGUAUAGAUAGAAUAUUUGAGUCAAGCACAGUUAUUGACACUGGUAGAUCAACUUACUGACUAGACCUAAUUAAUUAAAAAAUAACAGAAUUCCAAAUUAAUAGAUGGAAAUAAUAUUAUUGUCAGAUUAAUAAAUAAGAUUUCCACUAUACAUAUACAGAAGUAUAUGUAUGUCAAACUAUACAUCACAUAACCAACCAAGAUUGGUUUGGGAAAACUUAAGACUGAUGCAAGUCUGAACUGUUGGAUAUUUGAAAUUCUUGGAAAUGCACAUGGAGGAAAAAAAUCUAAAUGACAGUGUUAGGCUUUCAUUUUAUUUGACUUCUUUUCUCUAUUGUGUUUAUCGUAAGAAUAUAAAAUGACAGCCCCUGGAGGGCAUUGUACUAGUUGCAAGAGUAGAUAACAUGAGCCAGCCAGUGCUCGCCACGACUAGUAGCCACAUCAAGGCACCGCCCACACUCACCCUGCCAAUACCACUUUUUUAUUUAUAAAUGUUAGGAAAUUUAAGUAAGUUUUUACUAUAUUAUGCAUACUUAUCUACAUAUGCCAUUCAAUAAAAGGGGAAAAAAUAUCCAGUUUAUUAUCCUGACCAAGAUUAUAAAGUUGUUUACACUUAACAAAUCUUACACUCGGUCUAACUACAAGGUCCUUAAUACUGCAGUGUGCCUGUCUUCUGAGGCCCAUGUCUCAGAUGGUAAGGGUUUCUAGUUCAUGGAAAAACAAAAGACAAAAUUAGCAGCAUUAUAACCAUAGUUAUAUACCUGUACAAACAAUGUUCUGCUCAGACAGUUCUUAAUAUAAUUAGAUGAGUUAUGUAAAAAAAAUAUCUCACUAACAAAACAAAAAGAUCACAGAUGCUGUGGUUGGGGGGGGUCACUGCCACUCAGAAUAUAGUCAUGGGGGGUGAUUCUUGCCCUCAGAGGAUUUUGCUUCCUAAUCACAAGAGCUCAGGUCUGCAUCAUAAAAAUAUGAAAAAAAAAAAGAAAAAUAUAAAAAAAUGAAAUAACAAAACUCAUAAUAUACCAAUACUAAGGAUAAGAGAAGAAAAUUAGUAAUAACAAUAAUGACUACAAAGUAUUGUGACAGAAGACCUGCCAGCCACGAGAUCUUGGACAUUGCCUACAAUGCCCACAUACAAGGUACUCGACUAGAAGACAAACUUCAAAGAACAAUGAAAACAAUGAUUCUAAAGUCAUGGAAUCCUGGGGAGCCAGUGAAAGCUUAUAUGAAGCCAAGAUAUGGUUUCCUGCAGUUAUGGUUGUUGAUACAAUUCUCUGUAGCCAUCAAACUAUGUACUUUGAGUUUAGCUUCAAAGUUGCAAAUCCAGUGCAGCUACAUUAUUCCUUCCAGAGGAGUGAUGCUGCAAAGUAAGACAAGAGCCAGUCACAUAUUUUCAAGCCCCUUUAACCUAUAGACCACCAUAGAUCAAUGAAACUGUGAAUGAAUGCAGGCAUCUCAUUUUCCAUAACAUUUUCAAGUACACCACAACUUUUUGCAUACUGUGACUUACAAAUACUCCCUUGACUUAAAAAAAAAAUGAGGAUACAAUGGGAAUUUGUCACAACAUGCAAAAGAUGAUGUGAGUUAUGUGUUGAACAUUUGUUUCCUGAGCCACAGUUAACAGGAUACACCGAAGAAUGGUGAUCUUAUUAUGUUUGGCCACAACAAUGUGCUCUUAUUUUAUAAACUUAGGUUCCCUGCUUAUACAUACCAACCAGAAAUACUCAGUCUCACAGCUGCAGAGUUAAGAGCACAUUACAUAUUUUUCUUAAUGAACUUAUGGUGGCCAUCAUCAUCUAGAACCAAGAAUAUAUCACACCACACAGGGGUCUCUCUGGCUUCGUGCCUAACUACAGCAUCAUAGUAUGCAGUGAUCACAUUUACACAUGUUCCCAGCGUUAUGUAGCUUCACGUAAUAUAGUGGUGGUGGUUGCACUCACCCAGGUCCUCAGCGUGUCACAAUGUGUUUAUAACGAUUAGUGUCACAUCACAUUAUUAUCAGUCUCUUUCUAAAAUGAAAUGUAAAACUCCACUCUGAUGAAUGUAAAGUCUAAGUACAUGUUUCAGUUGCAAAUGCUUCAACUGUGAAUAAAAUGCAAAGGUGAGAUUGAAAGCUUAUGAAACAUACAAAACUCAAGUAUGUAUAGAGUUAAAUCACUAACACACACAGACACACUCAUAUAUACACAAUUGCUUAACUAAAACUUUGUGGCAAUUGAAUCUUAAGCUACAUUUUUCCUGAGUAAUUGUAUGUAGAUCUGAAAGAAGAAGGAAAUAAUCCAUGCUUGUAGAUCACUGUAUACAUCAGCUAAAACUUAUGCAGUGUUACAUAAAAAGAAUCCAUAUAGAAAUCAGGUGUAACAUAAGGUAGUGAAUACACAGAUACUCAACCUAAAGCCCUCCACUUCAGUGUGUCAUACAGACUCUCAGGGUGAUGCCUGCAGGAAGCCAGUGGUGAAAUGAUCUACUCUAUGACCAUUCUAAAUCCCUUAUGGACUAAAGCUACACUGGCAGCACCGCCACUACGACUGCAUCAAUCCUGACCUGUACACUGUAAAUACUCAGAUAUCACCAAAGAGAGUUAGCGUAACUAUUGUAAAAAUAUCCAUUCCACUAAACAGAAUAUCAAAAGUAGCAACAUAUAAAAAAGGGAUUGAGGAAAGUGAGCACAGCAUCAUGAGUGAGAGAAACAACCCAGAGACAGCCCUGUUCACUCCCAUCCCUGCUUUAGUCUUUUUUUGUUUCCUGUUAGGAAUAUUCCCCUGGUGCAGCACAUUCACAGAAAAGUCUUGUAUUGGUUGUUCAAAAUAAUAAAGAAAGAAAAUAAAGAAAAAAACACAGCAGCUUUCCCUAGUUUUGCAUUAAAUAAAACACCAUGACAGCUGGGUUGAGAUUUCUGCACAGGGACACCUAGGGAGCUCUCCUACAGUAACUAUAAUUUGUUAUCUAGUUUGCAUCCAUAAUGGAAAUACAACACCACUGCUUCAUUACUAUACAAUACGCAUAUCUCCUAUUAGAUCUCUUGAGGAAAACUAAGGCAUUGGCAUUGCCCCCAUUUGGUGGCUAGCAUUGUCAAAAUUUACAUUUAUCAGAUAAAAUAAGGCAAAUAAUCAUCCUCUUAUAUGAAGCAUUCAUUCAGUCACACACCUGAAGUAUGCACCAGCUAGAACAAAAAUUAUAGUUCUCUCUCUCUCUCUCUCUCUCUCUCUCUCUCUCUCUCUCUCUCUCUCUCUCUCUCUCUCUCUCUCUCUCUCUCUCUCUCUUUCUCUCUCUCUUUCU